AUUACGAAACCCACCACCACGUACACUCCCCCCAUCCUCUCUCAAAUUAAACCCUUUUUUAGAGAGAGAAAAUCAAAGAGCUAGAUCUCGAGAUCGAGAUCGAGAGAGAGAGAGAGAGAGAGAGAGAGAUAUGGUGGAGAGAGGAGGAGGAGGAGGAGCGAGAGGAGAGGGGGAGCACUUCCGCGUCAUCCACAAGAUCCCCUCGGGAGAUGGGCCGUAUGUUCGCGCCAAGCACCUGCAGUUGGUGGAGAAGGACUUGGAUGCAGCAAUAGUGUGGUUCUGGAAAGCAAUAAAUGCCGGGGAUAGGGUCGAGAGCGCUCUCAAGGACAUGGCGGUCGUGAUGAAGCAGCAAGACCGCGCAGAGGAGGCCGUCGAAGCCAUCAAGUCCUUCAGGCACCUCUGCUCCAAACAAGCCCAAGAAUCCCUCGACAACCUUCUCAUCGACCUCUACAAGAAAUGUGGGAUGGCAAGGGAGGAGAUAGAGCUGCUGAAGCAGAAGCUGAGGAAGAUAUUCAUAGGGGAGGCUUUCAAUGGGAAGGUUACUAAGAAGGCGCGGUGCCAUGGCAAGAAGGUCCAAGUUUCCAUCCAGCAAGAGACUUCACGGCUCCUGGGUAAUUUGGCCUGGGCAUACAUGCAGCAACGCAACUACAUGGCAGCAGAGGUGGUGUAUCGAAAGGCCCAGAUGAUCGACGCCGACGCGAACAAGGCGUGCAAUCUCGCGCACUGUCUCAUCGAGCAAGGUCGCUUCGUCGAGGCCAAGCAAAUCCUCAACGAUGUUCUAAACGGAAGCUAUUGCAGUUUUGAUCGUGGCAAGAUAGCAAAGCGAGCUGAGGAGUUGCUGAGCAAGAUAAGUUUGCCCCCUGAGCUUGUUUUGUGGGACAUGGAGGAGAAGGUAGGAGAUAACGCUGUUACGAAGAGGAAAUUUGAAGAAGAGAUGAUGGAGAUGCUGGAUACAGUGAUCAAGCAGUGGGCACCGUUCCGGUCGAAGAGACUACCGAUCUUUGAGGAGAUAUUUCCCUACAGAGAUCAGAUGGCUUGCUAAAUUUGUGUAUUUGUUUACCUUUGGGUGGCUGAUGAUGUAGAUAGAACAAGGGGGGCUUGUGAAUGCAUCAAUCAUGUUAAAUAGCUAGUCCUUUUUAGUAGACGCAGUGUUACUUGAGAGUCGCAGCAACCACCGGUUGUGUCUAGUUGAAGUACCAUGAAUUGGAGAAGUUUAUGAAUAGUGUUAUUGGACGGGAGUUUCAGUAUUGUGGAAGUGUGCAAGGAUUGUAAGAAGUACCUCUCCAAAUAAUAAAUGAAUAUGUGCUGCAAUCA